AAAAGUGAAAUUUCCAACAUCCAUUAUGGUCUGGGGCAGUAUGUCAUCAAAAGGAGUAGGAAAACUUCAUUUUAUUGAUGGAAAUGUGGAUAUAAAUAAAUAUUUGGCAAUUUUAGAAGAAUCGCUUUUACCAGUGAUAAAAGAAUUUUUGACAUCCGGCCAAGAUUUUGUGUUUCAGCAAGACGGUGUAGCGUGCCAUACCUCAAAAAAGGCUAUAAAAUGGACGGAAGAAAAUAAUGUACCAUUUUUGAAAUGGGUUUCUAGCAGUUCAGAUCUGUCACCUAUUGAAACUUUGUGGCACGAGAUGAAAAAGGUUCUACGACAACAUCCUGCUCGUACAAUCACCGAACUGAGACAAAAGCUUCAAUAA